AUGGAAGAUCACAAACUCGCCGUCCCCCUCUGCACACUCGAGGUGGCGUCAACAGGACUCUCUAGAAAGGGUCCGAGUGGCAGUGUAGAGCAGCAACAGCAGGAAAACACUGCCACGGCAACUGCCUCUGCGGAUUGCCCGGGUUCUGAUCUGCAUUCAUCUCGUAGCUUGCCUGCAGCAUCUACGGCAGAUUUGAAGGCCGAAGGAUGCUCCCGGCCGAGGAGAGAUGCAAGCUCUCUGGUAUCCACACGCCGCAACUCCUCCGUGUUGCAAGAUGGGAUUCCGCCGUCAACCUCACCUGACGGCAGCUACAUUUCUUCUCCUUUCUUCUCUGGCUCACCGAUGGAGUUCGCGGAGACGCUGCAGCCUCGCGUGCUUCACGCGGCCGCAGACGUUCAGUGCUCACUGUCUACCCCGUUAGAGAAAUUUUUCGAUGCUCUGGAUUCUACAGACAUCCCGGUGGGUACCCCCUCCCCCUUGGCCACUGUCUGCACACACCAUACGACCUCUCCAGCUGGAGAGGCCUUCCCUCUUAACGGUCCGGGGGUUCAGGAGGGGGAAGACGCUGACAAGCUGCGUCUUACAAGUAGACUUGCGCGCACCUCCACUGCAGAAACCACCAACAGCAGCAGCGUCUUCCCCCUCCGACAGGCGGAGACUAGCCCGGAAAAGGAACCAGAGGGGCAGCAGUCCUUUCCCUCAACAGCGGCGGGCCGCUGCUGCAGCAGCAGCCAGGGUGAAAAGUCCCGCACUACCUCCUCAGCAGCAACAAGUGACUCGGGGCUGCUGGAGAGCAGCUCCUGCGCUGAACUCCCGCAGCAACCAAGAGCUCCGGAGUGCGCGCUGAAUCAGGCAGAAAAAGUCCUUGAUAGAAAAGACGGCUCGAAUAGAACUGGGGCGAGGGAGGAGCUGGCAGCAUCGGACGCAGAUCGUCUGCUGGUGGACUUCCAGCUGCUGCUGAUUCUUCUCUUCGACCAAGUGUGCAAUGUCGUGCCAGGACUCAGGCGGCAAGAUGGAGGCGCCUUCUACUAUAUGCAUCUGCAGCGCAUAGCAGCGGGCCCCCUCCACCCAACCCUCGCAAGCUACGCCGACGUGUUGCUGCCCAUCUGCAGCUCUAUGAAUUUCUUCUCAAGCAGCAACAGCAGCAGCGGCGAUCAGCGGACUUGCAAACAAGACGAACAAGAAAGUAUCCUAUCAGUUGCCCUGCGGCACUUGGCCAGGCAUGGAACUGUUCCUGCAGCCCCUAUUGCACAGAUGGUGGCAAAGUGCCCGGCAGUUGUGUUCAUGCAGGUUGUCUCCGCGCUGGAAUGUAUGUACAGCUUGCAGCGGAUCCUAACUCCUGGAGCUCCCGACCCUCCCCCGAAAGUUUCAGAAGAGUUAGACCCCAAGACCAUUUGGGGAGAUGCCGUGGCUGUGGCUGAGAUGCACAAAACGGCUAACUUUUCAGCCGAAGACUGCGUCUCCAGCUCCGUGCAUCCCAAAUGCCCAUCAGAGGACGCCGGUUCCAACCCUUCUUCCCCACAUCCUCCUGUGCUUCCCAGUCGCCCCACCAAGCGGGCCCGCGCCGCUGCAGAUCUCCUUGCGACACGGAAGCAGAAGCCUACAGUGACGCCUGCGGCGAUGCCUGAAACUGAAUGUGAGAGCCGUGGGGUGGCCUCGAAUGCCUCCUUUGCAGACAGUGCGGCGGCCGAUUUGAUGGUGGCUGCAGCUGCAGGGCCUCCACGUAUUGCACAGGAAGCGGGAGAAAUAGCGAGCGAUUCAAGAGUAAAAUCCUCGCCGACCUUUAUCCCCGCUAGCGUCAACAAGAGACGCCAUCCAAACGUACAGGCGGAGAUCCUGAGUUCUUGUUGUCCAGAAAGUUUGGCACAGCGGGGCACGCGGCUUUUGGGGGAAGUCUUGCAGAAGCUGCAAUGUGAACAAGCCAUGAGGCAGCCAGUGGGCAAGACACACUCCCCGAAGCAAGUGUUCAGUGGGCCUGUGGAUCAGCCAGAGGGUGCCAUGCGCCAGCGAGAUGCAGCCUGCAGUGCUGCCGUCGCGGAGGGGGAAAGCGACUCAGUUAGCUCCGGCAGUGCCAGGGGCAAACGCAAUAUGUCAAUGGUGGGCGAGCAGUCACUGGGUGAGGCCUUGACACAGUUUGCCGCUGUACAGCAGGCAGCAAGAAGCUCAGUAUCCACAGUAGCAGCAGCUGACACGGAAGAGCUUCAGAGCGACGCUGCUGCAGCUCCAGCUGCGGAUUGUCAGCUCAAGAAACACGGAUAUGGGCUCCGUCGGGGAAACGCGAAGAGGGGCAGAAAGGCGGUUGAUGAGGGACUCCCCAGAAACCGGACUCGGCUAACACCUGUGAAAGGGCCAAACCCCCAACAGUCUCGGGGCAGGGCUGCAGCCCCCCUGUCACCGAGUGAAACUCUGCAGCAAGAGCCAAAUCAUGCGCUGCCUCCCAGUCUCACAGAGCAGCUUAUGAAGCUAGCUAGUGGAGCUGAGGGUGAUUUCCCAGCCGCUCUGUCCUCCACAAUGCGAGGAGUCUUCUUCAACAGAUCGCUCAAUAGAUGGGUUUGCACAUGGUCCAGAAAUGGAAAGGAAUAUCAGCGAUCUUGGUCGGCCGGCAAGUACGGCUACGAAACUGCGCGGGGGCUGGCGAUGCACUGCCGCCUUGAGAAGUUGCUAAGUGGUGAGGCCCACACGUUGCAGAAGGGCAUGCUGGCAGUUUUCAAGCCCGUCAUAAAUCCCCAAGUGUCCCCUGCUGCAGUGGAAGCAGGGAACUCGGCAACGAAACCUGAAAACAGUGCAGCAGACGAUGCAGAGCGGCGGAAGCCUGAACUACUCAGAGCGCGUUGUGCGCCCCGUGCUGCUCCCCGGCUUGACAGCGCAUCUGGGGAAGCUGAAGGUGACAUGGGUGUCGUGAAGCCUGAAGGAGUCCAGGAGUCUGCUGCAGGCUCAAGGCUUCAGCAGACAACUGGGAGCCGUUCAACGUACAGCGACAUGCUAACUCUGAUGAACCAAGCUAUUAGUCGGAAACCAGGUGGAUGUACAGCUGAAGCAGAAACCAACGACGCCGCGACCAAGAACGCAGAUUCUCGGGGAGGGGAGGCACUGAGCGACUUGGUAGACCCGUCUGUCGGAGAGCACUUCUUGGCUGCUGUUGCUGCAGCAGCAGCAGCGUGUGACGUCCCUGGAUUUGAAGACUAG